AUGUCCUUUGAGUGCCAGCAGUACGGCAAGCGUAUUAGCCAAGCAGGACACCUAAGGACUCAUGAAAGAGUCCACACUGGGGAAAAUCCUUUUGAAUGUAAACAGUGUGGCAAGUGUUUUAGUCAAGUAGGAAACCUAAGGAGUCAUGAAAGAGUUCACACUGGGGAAAAGCCUUUUGAAUGUAAACAGUGUGGCAAGUGUUUUAGUCAUGCAGGAAGCCUAAGGAGUCAUGAAAGAGUUCACACUGGGGAAAAGCCUUUUGAAUGUAAACAGUGUGGCAAGUGCUUUAGCGAAGCAGGACACUUAAGUCGUCAUAAGAGAGUCCACACUGGGGAAAAGCCUUACAAGUGUAAACAGUGUGGCAAGUGUUUUAGUCAAGCAGGAAACCUAAGGAAACAUGGAAGAGUUCACACUGGGGAAAAGUCUUUUGAAUGUAAACAGUGUGGCAAGUGUUUUAGUCAUGCAGGAAACCUAAGGAGUCAUGAAAGAGUUCACACUGGGGAAAAGCCUUUUGAAUGUAAACAGUGUGGCAAGUGUUUUAGUCGUGCAGGAAACCUAAGGAGUCAUGAAAGAGUUCACACUGGGGAAAAGCCUUAUGAGUGCAAACAGUGUGGAAAGUGUUUUAGCAGAUCAUACCUACUACGGUGUCAUGAAAGAGUUCACAGUGGGGAAAAGCCUUUCGAAUGUAAACAGUGUGGGAGGUGUUUCAGCAGAUCAUACAUACUAAGGUGUCAUGAAAGAGUUCACAGUGGGGAAAAGCCUUACGAAUGUAAACAGUGUGGGAAGUGCUUUAGACUCGCAGGAAGCUUAAGGAUUCAUGAAAGAGUUCACACUGGGAAAAAGCCUUACGAAUGUAAGCAGUGUGGCAAGUGUUUUAGUCACGCAGGACACCUUACGGAACAUAAAAGAGUUCACACUGGGGAAAAGCCUUACGAAUGUAAACAGUGUGGGAAGUGUUUUAGACUCGCAGGAAGCUUAAGGAUUCAUGAAAGAGUUCACACUGGGAAAAAGCCUGACGAAUGUAAACAGUGUGGCAAGUGUUUUAGCCAACCAACUAACCUGAGGAAGCAUGAAAGAAUCCACACUCUAUUAAAGUCGCGUAAAUUUUCCAAGAAGAACAAAAGUCUGUCUAAACGUUUGGAAUCAGGUAAACGGAGGAAAACAGGAGGAAAAAACGUUGCCUUUAGGGCCACAGGUUUUACAAACAACCUGCGAACACACAGAGAGACUGGAAACAGUGGCGUAGCAGACCCGCAAUCAGUCAUCACUGAGAAACACAGCUGUUGGAUUUGUCAAGAGGAAAUGAGUAGUGAGGCUCUUCUUCUUCAACACUAUGAACAUCAUAUGACCUAUGUUUGUGAAGACGAUUCAUAA